AUGGUGGUACCAAAAAUCGGUACAUUGUUCAAGAGGUUGAAGAUUGAGGGAGAGGGGUUUCAAAGAUUAUGUGGUAGAAAGACUGGAUGUGGGGGAGAGGCUGUUCGUCAUACACCUAAUGAUGAAGAGAAAUUUAAGGAGACAAUUGAGGGGUUGGAAGAUGAGUCAUUGAAUGAUGCACUUAAUCCCAUUGAUUACUUUAAAUCCCGUGAUAAUGGGAGUUCAAAAUCUGCUUUGAAUUUUAAAAAGAGGAUUAUGGGGUUUAAUGACAAAGGAAGGGAAAUUAGUUUNAGCGUUGAUCCCAAAGAAAGCAGUUGGCUCUUCCUGCAUCCAUGCCCAGUGGAAGUGGAAGUGGAAGUGGAAGUGACACUCCCUCUAAUCAAGAUUAUAAUGUUCCUCCUUGGGGUUUUGCUACUGAAGUAUACAAAAUGGGGAAAAAAGAUGUUUGAGGAUGGUGGUACCAAAAAUUGGUACAUUGUUCAAGAGGUUGAAGAUGGGGGAGAGGGGUUUCAAAGAUUACGUGGUAGAAGGACUGGAUGUGGGGGAGAGGCUGUUCGUCAUACACCUAAUGAUGAAGAGAAAUUUAAGGAGACAAUUGAGGGGUUGGAAGAUCAGUCAUUGAAUGAUGCACUUAAUCCCAUUGAUUACUUUAAAUCUCGUGAUAAUGGGAGUUCAAAAUCUGUUUUGAAUUUUAAAAAGAGGAUUAUGGGGUUUAAUGACAAAGGAAGGGAAAUUAGUUUAUAUGUGGGCUUGGAUAAGAGUUAUAAAUUGAAUAAUAAUGAGGGCUUGAAUGAAAAUAAAGAGACCCAUCUUUUUUUUGGGCUGUCAAAUAGCCCAAACAGAAUGGCUGGCUAUUUUGUUCUUAAGGGAUCUGGGCUGUCUAAAGUCGGCCCAUUUAUCCCUAAAAAGCCAAAUGACUUUCGCAGAGGUUGCGACCCAGGUCCUGUAUAG